AAGUAAAAUGCUUUUUUAAAUGACAAUAUAGAUUCGCGAAUGUGUGUAGUUCGGUAUCGUUUCAAGUGGUAACUUUUCAUUCCAACGAUAAAUUUUGAUCAUCUGUAAAUAUGAAGUACAUUAUAUUACUGUGCGCGGUAUUAUUGCGAACAAUAGGAAGUAUUCAAAGCUUCGAUGGACUUGAACGUGGCCAGCACAAGAUAGAAAAACGGCUAGCGACUGAAUUGGCUAAGGCAAUUACGGAAGCGGAAGCGGCGGUAGGGUUGGCGAAAACAGCAACCGGGGACGCGGAGACGGCGGCAAACGAUGCAGCGAAAGCAGACACGGCCUUGGAGGCUAAGCAGACGGAAGUCGAUGCCCAGACAGGUACAGUAGACACGGCGUUACAGGGGCAAUACGAUGAGGCGAAAACAGAUGCGGCGGAUAAAAACAAGGACGCGCAGGAGAAGGCAGACAAAGCGGCGAAGUUACACAAAGACGCACAGGCGACGGCAGACAAUGUCGCAAAGUUAGCGCUGGAGGCGGCGGAAGCGGAAAAAGACCCGAACGAGAAGGCGACAAAAAUGAAAACCGCGCAGGAGAAGGCAGAGACAGCAAAGAAAGCAAACGAGGAUGCGCAAAAUGCAGCAAAAUAUGCCGCGCAGGAGGCGGUAAAGAGAGCGGUGGCAGCAGACACGGCCGCGCAGAAGGCGGCAAAGAAGGCGAAGGAAGCUGACGAUACCGCGAAGGAGGCAGCACUCCAGGCCGCGCAGGAGGUGGCAAAGAUGGUGGCGAAAGCAUACAAGACCGCACAGGAUUCGGCAGACUUUGCUGUGCAGUUGGCGAAAGAAAGGGCGGCGGCAGCAGAUGUGGCCGCGAAGGCGGCGGAUGGCAAAAACGUGGACGUGCAGGGGAAGAUGGAAGCAGACAAGACCACGAAGGAGGCGGCACAAAAGGCCGCGAAAGAUGCGGUAGACAACGCGGUGGCAGCAAACAACAUCGCGAAGGAGGCCUCAGACUUUGCCGCGGAUGAGGCGAAAAGGCAGGCGGCGGCAGCACAAAAGGCCCUGGAUGAGGCAAUCGCCCAGGUCCAGGCAGCAAAAGAUGCUACUGUCAAGACGGCGGCAGAAGCAUACAGGGAGGAGGUAAAUAAGUACAAGGAGGCGGCAGACCAGUACAAGCAGAAGGCAGAACCGGACGCGACAGAGGUGGCAGGUAAGGCCACUGAAGCAGAAGCACUCGCCAAGAAAUAUCCUGGAAACACGGACACGACGCCGAAGAAGACGGACGAUGAUAAAACGGAAGCGACAACGAAAGAAACGGCGACAAACAAGACGACGACAGCUCCAAAGGUGUCCACUUUGGAGGAAGCAAUGCAGGCCGCGAAGGAUAUGGCAGAGAAGGCGGACGCAGCAUACACAGCCGCGCAAACUGCAUUAUCCAAGGUCAAGGAUGCACGUGAGGCGUUGAAACAGGCAAGAGGCCUGCCAAAUGAAGACGAAAAAAAACAGGACAAGGUUGCUGCUGCGAAGGAGAGCAAGACGCAGGCACACACAGCUGCACAGGAGGCAUUAGAGAAAGCGACGGCAGCAAACAAGGCCGCGCAGGAUGCGGAAAAACGUGCAGUGGAUAUGGCAAAGGAGCUGGCGGCGGCGGCAGACAAGGCCGUGAAGGAAGCGGUACCAAAGGACAAGAAAACAGACUUGAAUGUGGAGAAUCGGAAAAAGAGAACAGAGCCGGAACCGACAACUGAUACGGCAGCAGAAAAGGCGAUGAAAGCAAACAAGAUCGCGAUGAAUACGGCUGAGUUUGUUGCGGAGAAGGCGAAAAAGAGGAUGGAGGCAGCAGAGGCGCUCGAGAAGGAGAUGCAAGAAAUGGAAGAUGCAGUGAAGGAGGCGAUAAGACAGGCUACUGCCAAAGGAGAGGAGGGGAAGGAUGAGCUAGAGGACGCGAAUGAGGACAAGAAGGCGGCAGAAAAAUUAAAGAAUGAGGCAGGCCAGCAGAUGGAGCAGGCAAAAGCAUACAAAAAGACUGCAGAUGCGGACAAAAAGAAUGCGAUUGAAGCAUACGAAAAAGCGAAGAAUGUGGCGCCAGAACCAAGGCCAAGGCCAGACCCAGGCCCAGGUCCAAAACCGCAACCAGGCCCAGAACCGCAACCAGGUCCAGGACCGCAACCAGGUCCAGGACCGCAACCAGGUCCAGGACCGCAACCAGGUCCAGGACCGCAACCAGGUCCAGGACCGCAACCAGGUCCAGGACCGCAACCAGGUCCAGGACCGCAACCAGGUCCAGGACCGCAACCAGGUCCAGGACCGCAACCAGGUCCAGGACCGCAACCAGGUCCAGGACCGCAACCAGGUCCAGGACCGCAACCAGGUCCAGGACCGCAACCAGGUCCAGGACCGCAACCAGGUCCAGGACCGCAACCAGGUCCAGGACCGCAACCAGGUCCAGGACCGCAACCUGGUCCAGGACCGCAACCAGGUCCAGGACCGCAACCAGGCCCAGGACCGCAACCAAGACCAGAACCAAAACCCACCACCUCUACUACUACAGAGAGCACAACCACCACGAUGACUACUCCACAGACAACCACUUCCACCCCCACUACUACCACCACGCCUGCUACUACCACAACUACCACCACCCUGACUCCAACUACAACUCCCGAUGGUAAGGAUUCAAUGAAAGAUGAACUAAAAGCCGAAUUCAUGGAAGACGUGACGGUUGUAUUAAUUAUGAUUCUUAUCUUACUCGUCAUAAUUACCGUUGUCAUAAUUUCUUUCCUCAUUUACAUUAUGUUAUUGGCCAAUAACCGAAAUGGAGAAGAAGUCUGUAAAGAAAUAGACGUCCAAUGUUGUUGUGAGAAUGAAAACAACGAAGAGUGCUAGAAUUUUAUCUGAGAUGAUGUAGUUUCCAUAUUAUUUGAUUGUUAUUCAAAAUUUAUUUCCUAAAUUUAAUGUAUUAAUGAUAAAUACCAGAACUUUUAAAAAUACACAAAAAUUACACAGUGUGA